AGCGAGGUAGGGGAGCUGUACUAAUGGCGGAGAACGUACGGUCGCCUUUUGAGUACCGGGAGCCACCGACCCUCGACAGCGACGGGGAUGGGAGCAAACCGCCUUUGCCGCCCCGGGGGAGGGGGUGUGUCAGGAAAAGGAAGGGUACCCCUGUGAAGGUGUGUGACCGGGCCUACGUGACAGAGGAUGAAGAGGAGGAGGAAGAGGAGAGUCUGUCUGAACACAGCUACAGUCCAGGUGAUGGACAGUACCCAGACGGAGCGGAGGACAGACUGCCUCCAACCGGAAGCCCUUACUACCUCGCCGACCCCUCCCAGCUCUGUGUGUCGGAGCUGGGCGAGGAGGGGGCGAGUGGGGUCCGGGGGCCAGUGCUCUUCCACCCCCCGCCCAACUGUAGGAUCCGAGAGGUGCACUGCGGGAGUCAGGUGCGGCUGGUCGUCAUAGCGAUUCGAGACAUCGCCAAAGGAGAGGAGAUCACAGUGGACUACAGCCUGAUGGACUGGGGAGAGAACGCCAUGGAUGAAGAGCCUGGCCCCCACCCGCUGUCUCUCUCAGACUACCUCACCCCCUCCUGGUCCCUCUCCCCCUCCUCCUCCCCGCUAACCCACACUGAGCCCAGCGAUUCGGACCGAGAGGAGGAGGAAGAAGACGACGAUGACGACGAAGAAGAAGAGAUGGAGGAGUUGAGGGGCCGCAUGCUCCGCCGCCGAAAGAAGCGCAAAAUAGCCACCCCCCCCGUCACCGCCAAGAAGAAGAGUGUCGCCACCCCCAGGGCCGGACCCGGGCGCCCCUGCUCAUCCUCCUUCUCCCGGCUGGCUGCCUCCUCGACCCCGACCGUGGCCCAGACCCCGUCUCAGCCCGCCACUCCACUGGCGCCUCCCACCACCAACAUCAACAACAACAUCAACAUAAACAUCGGCAGCUCCAGCGGGGCCACUGUCAGCCGACGGCAGCACUGCCCCUACUGCGGCCGCCACUACCGCUCUCUGGCACGCCACCUGGAGAAACACCAUGCCAACCAGCCAGAGGUCAGGGCUGCCAUGGAGCUGUCCGCACUCCACACACACCCUUCCUCCUCUACCUCCUCCUCGCACGGCCACAUCUUCGCUUCCCCCCAGCCCUCCUCUUCCUCUACUCCUGCCCCUCCCCCUCUUUUCUCCAGGGAGAGAGAGAGGGAUGCGGUGGCCGCUCGAAGUUCCUCGGGGGCGGUCUCCUUUUCACUCUCGCUCUCCCCACCCUCGGCUUCUCAGUCGGCCGCGGCCAAAAAAGCCUCCAACGUAUCGGUUCAGACGCCCAAGCCAGGCUCCGCCCCUGCAGUGGCCCCGGUGAAAAGUCCUCCCACAUCCACGCCACCCAGGAGGGGCCGCAAGCCGAAGAGAGAGAAGGAGGAGCAGCAGAAAGCGGAGGAGUCCAUCAGGAGCAAAGAGGAAGAGAUACCUCCACCUCCUACCCCCAAGCCGGAGGAAGAAGAGCUGGAGGAGGAGCUGAGUGGAGCGGGGACCGUAGAGAGUCCUGGGGACUGGAGUACACAGCUGGCUAACUCCCACAGACACCACAUGCCACCUCUCCUCUCUUCCCUCUCCUGCCUGGUGCUCUACCUGAGCCGGCAGCAGCACUCUUCCUUCUUGUCUCUCACUCGCUCCCCCAGUUCGGCUGAGGCCUGGCGCCUCCUCUGCCAUUCCAGCCUGGCGCUGCUCAUCCUCUACAACCGCCACCGAGAGUGUGAAGUGGCCAAGCUCACCACCCAGGACUACCACAACCGCACCACCCCCAAGCCCCACCCUGACCCAGGCUAA